AUUUACCCACUCAGUGAGGCCAGUAAUGAGCGGAGAGGUCUCUAGAAAAGCCUGGAAGGGAGAGGACUGGCUCCCCGCGUUCCUCGGUAGCAUAGUCGCCCCCCCCCCCCAAGGUUCACGAAGGAGAAGCCGCCGCUGAGAAACCGCUGGUGCCGGUCCCCUGGGGCGCCAUGGCGACCGGAGCGAACGCCACGCCGCUGGACUUCCCAAGUAAGAAGAGGAAGAGGAGCCGUUGGAACCAAGACACAAUGGAACAGAAGACAGUGAUUCCAGGAAUGCCCACAGUUAUCCCCCCUGGACUGACACGGGAACAAGAAAGAGCUUACAUAGUGCAACUACAGAUAGAAGACCUGACUCGUAAACUGCGCAAAGGAGACCUGGGCAUCCCCCCUAACCCUGAGGACAGGUCCCCUUCCCCUGAGCCAAUCUACAACAGUGAGGGGAAGCGGCUUAAUACUCGAGAGUUCCGUACCCGCAAAAAGCUUAAAGAGGAGCGACACACACUUAUCACAGAGAUGAUUGCUUUCAACCCGGACUAUAAACCACCUGCAGAUUACAAGCCUCCAGCAACACGUGUGAGUGAUAAAGUAAUGAUCCCCCAAGAUGAGUAUCCAGAAAUCAAUUUUUUGGGUCUCUUAUUUGGGCCUAGAGGGAACACUCUGAAGAACAUUGAGAAGGAAUGCAAUGCCAAGAUCAUGAUACGGGGAAAAGGAUCUGUGAAAGAGGGGAAAGUUGGGCGCAAAGAUGGUCAGAUGUUGCCAGGAGAGGAUGAACCUCUUCAUGCUCUGGUCACUGCCAAUACAAUGGAGAAUGUCAAAAAGGCAGUAGAACAGAUCAGAAACAUCCUGAAGCAGGGUAUUGAGACCCCAGAGGACCAGAAUGAUCUACGGAAGAUGCAGCUUCGGGAGUUGGCUCGUUUGAAUGGCACUCUAUGGAAAGAUAACAGGAUCUUAAGACCCUGGCAGAGCUCAGAGACACGCAGCAUUACCAAUACUACCGUGUGUACCAAUUGUGGAGGGGCUGGCCACAUUGCAUCCGAUUGCAAAUUUCAGAGGCCUGGUGACCCUCAGUCGGCUCAGGAUAAAGCACGGAUGGAUAAAGAAUAUUUGUCCCUUAUGGCUGAGCUAGGGGAAGCUCCUGUCCCUGCAUCUGUGGGCUCUACCUCUGGACCUGCCACCACACCCUUGGCCAGUGCACCAAGACCAAGACCUGCUGCUCCUGCCAGCAACCCACCACCACCAUCUCUCAUGUCUACAACGCAGAGUCGCCCACCCUGGAUGAAUUCUGGCCCUUCAGAGAAUCGGCCCUAUCAUGGCAUGCAUGGAGGUGGUCCUGGUGGGCCUGGAGGUGGCCCCCACAGUUUCCCACUCUCAUUACCCAGCUUGACAGGUGGGCAUGGUGGACAUCCCAUGCAGCACAACCCAAAUGGACCACCACCACCUUGGAUGCAGCCACCACCCCCACCGAUUAACCAGGGCCCCCACCCACCUGGGCAUCAUGGCCCUCCUCCAAUGGAUGUACCUGGGAAGUACGCCUGUGGGCUCUGGGGUCUAUCGCCUGCAUCAAGGAAAAGGUAUGAUGCCGCCACCGCCUAUGGGCAUGAUGCCGCCGCCUCCGCCACCUCCCAGUUGGCAGCCCCCGCCUCCUCCCUCUGGUCCUCUUCCUCCAUGGCGGCAGCAGCAGCAGCAGCAGCCUCCACCACCCCCUCGGCCCAGCAGCAGUAUGGCUUCCAGCACCCCCUUGCCAUGGCAGCAAAGAUCCCUUCCCGCGGCAGCGAUGGCCCGAGCCAUGAGAGUGAGGACUUUCCGCGCCCAUUGGUGACCCUUCCAGGCAGACAGCCUCAGCAGCGCCCUUGGUGGACAGGAUGGUUCGGCAAAGCAGCCUGAGUUAUUUUUGUGGACGGAAUCUGAACACGCUGGCUCCAUAUCGUGAAAUUUUUAUUAAUUUUUAUCUUUUUCCUUUGUUAUUUCCUUAUCUUUUCCUUUCUUCAGACUCCGUCCAAGGAGAUGCUCUCCCCGGUCUUCUGCUGCAGAUAGAAUCCUUUCCCUUGUCUCCAUUCCUCUCUUCCCAAGGAGAGAGGAGCAAAUGGUUAGGCACAGACUUUGUCCAUUAAUGUCAAGUUUGGUUGUUAAGGUGGGUCCUGUGUGGUUUAUCUUUGCCACCUUUUAAAGCAUCUUGAGAAUUUAGAUGUUGCUAGAUAGGGUUAAUCCAGCCCUGGGAUUCAUAUCUUCCAGCAGUAAGUGGGACAGCCCAAGCCACUAUAGACCUGCCUGCCAGCCUGGAGUCUUCCAUGCUCCUGAUCACCUAAACUGCCUCAGAUGCCAUUUGCUUCUCUUCUUCCUGGAAAGCUUCCCAUUAUGUUUUAUUUUGACCCCAGAUGUCCAGAUGUUUUGCAGUGUCUGGGGCUUGUGCCCCUUGUUCUUCGUUCAGCUUCUUUGCCCUUUCCCUCUUCAUGGAGUGAUUAUGUUGACAAUAAUGUGUAACGCGCGUUCUUUUCACUGGUUU